ACUAACUCAAAAAAAAAAAAAAAAACUUUAUAUAAUUAUUUUUUAUAUAUAAUUCUAUUAUUUUUAGUACACUCAAUAUAAAGUUUACAAAAUAUUUGUUUUAUUAUUAAGUGAAACAUCUAUCAUCCCCCUUUAUAACUCUUAGACACAAGAACAUGUUUUUGUGAAGAUUUCCAUUCAGUAUUGAAACAGAGGCUGUCAAUAGAGAUAAAUGGCUUAUUCCGAAUUGUCACGCCAAGCAGCACAUUCAGCCUCUAUUAUAUUGUCAUGUUGUGCCCUCCUCUAUCGCUGGAAAACUUAAUCUCAUUUUUAUGUGCGGUCCAUUGAACACAGCGUAAAGGCUGCAUUAUUUCAAGCAACAUGUUCAGGGAUUGUUAAUAUAUAGUUUGCAUAAACUAUCACAUUUACGGAUGCACUGAGACUUCAUUAAGUUCAAGAUCUAAUCCUUAGUCUACUUACUGAAGUAAGUGCAUUUGUGCUUGCAUUUUUUUCUCCACUAUGCACAAAUUGUGUCUCUCAUUCAGCUUUCUUUAGGGGAUGUGUAAAAGAUCCUUUAAGAGCUGAUAGGAUUUGGUCAGUCAUGUCUUUCAAUACGUUCCCUCCUUCCUUUUCUCACUUAUUCCCUUGUCGCAGUCAUUGUACACAACAGAAGGCAGAACACUAGACUUCUGUUCCUGUUUCUCUAGAGAGCAAAAAGAUUGUUCUCGGCCUGCCAAAACGACGUGGAUUCUCCAUUCCUCUGAGAAUUCCAUGUCUUUAUCCGCAAAAGUGAUAAAAAACAUUCUCGCUCUCAACAAACUGUUGAGUAACACGGUGUCCGACUUCCCUACCGCUCAUUUGUUUGCGGCACUGAAAAGGAGAGCUUUCAGCUGCUAAAACCAGUCUAAAGGUCAGAGAAAACUUGCUGUAAAACAGAGACAGUGAUGCCUCACUACAGACACGACUGAGAUCUUUCUCACACCCUGUUUCUCACACAAUGCUUGAAUGGGGGCUUAGAGGAGCAGAAUGAAGGAGAAGGGGAGGGGAAUCUUUUCAGUUCUUCAAAUGCAACAAUAGUCUUUGUCUACAAUGUCCCUCCAUUCUUAUUGGGGUUACUGACGGGGAUGGGGUGGAGGGGCUGGAUUGCCAUAGAAACAGUGACAAAACAAGCUGGUCCCAGAGCAAGAGAGACACAAAAACAUGCUUCAAAUCCGGGACGGAAUCUCUGUAUCGAUCUCUGCAAUUUAGUUAGAAGAGACAGUGUGCCAAAGGAGGAGGAAGACUUGUGUGAAAGGAUGGAUGCAGCUUCAGUUGGGUAGAAGAAAAGGCAAUAAGAAAUACUGGAGCAGUAUAAAAGCACUCAAUUCUUUUGGAGGGACGUUUGGACCAGAUCUCAGUUGUGCUCACGGUUAUUGCUCGACUGGAUAUCACAAUGAACUCCGACACUCAGUAUGAGGACUCAGUGUCCAUCAUGGUUCUGGAGAACAUCAAGAACAAGCUGUUACAUGCUUUCAGAACAUCAGCAGAACCGAGAACCUCUGCUGAGACAGAUAUUCAUCCGAUCGGAAAGAGUUUACAAGUAAACGAAGAGCUUCGGAGAGCCAAAAUAGACGGAGCCAUAACUUGGUUAAGAUCAGAACUGCUGGAGAUGCGCUCUCAGGACCGUCAGCUGGCUCAGACUCUGCUGGGACUCAAUAAGGAGAUUCAGAGACUCAGGCGGGAGAACGGAUCUCUGCUCCUGGACGCUGACAGCACUGAGCACCUGUGACCCCACAGAGCAGAGCAGGGCUUAAUGAGAGAACAAUGCCCUGGUGAGCAGAUGUGUGUAGAGGAGUGGAACACAAAUAACUUUCCUGUCCUGGAGUACACUUUGUUAAAAUGUCUUGUUGGGAAAUAUUUUGAAAGCAUUUUCAUGUAUGUGAAAACUUGACCAAAUAUCAGUCAAACUGGGUGCUGAGAUUUGUACUCAAAACUACAUAUACCUCCCUUUACACCUGGCAUUAACAUACUUUUUUGGUGAUCAAAUCACGAUAAGAAAGCACUUGACUACAGGUUUAAAUGCAUCCGAAACACAAUGUAAUCAUAAAACCACAUUGGUCUAGAAUGGAUUCUGACCCCUGAUGUGAUGAUCAGACUGGAGAAGCAUUGGAAUGACAGUGUAAAUGCAAUGCAGUUAAAAAUAUCAUAUUAAUAAGAUAUAUAAUGCUAUUCGGAUACAAAACAUUUUAAUAACAGAUGUAAAGGGAACUACCUUAAGAAGGUUAGUUGAGACUUAUGCUUGGCAUAGAUACAAUUUCUAGAAGAUGUAGCUCAUAUCUGUUCUUACUGCUAAUGAGAUUGUGUGAUCAUCUGCUGUAUCACUGAAAAACCAAGUGUUGAUAUUUGUUCAGCUUUGAACAUGGAAUUAUUAGCAUAGUAUAUAC